AUGGAGACGCCGUCCCUGCCUGGAAAGGACAGCAACGCUGAGCCCAGCGCCACAACCACGGACAGCCCGCUCCCACCUGCGAGCACGGCUGCAUCCGUCGAGGAUCUGAAGCGCUUGACGGCACUGGGCACGCUGCUGGUCAACAUGGGUGCCGCCUCCGAGGAGAAGGUCUUCGGCAUGAAGGACUCGGCCCCGAUGCUCGCGUACCGUGCGAAUCGCAUGCGCGAGCUCCUCGUCAUCAACCGCCCGCAGGAUGACGCGGCUGCGCAUCCCUUUAUAUGGCACAAGCCGUGGACGUGGUGGAGUAGCGGCGCGCAGGUGUCACCGAUUGCUGUGAGGAGAGAGUCGACGCAGGAGGAGGGUGCAAGUGCGCCAGGGACCACGUCGCGGCCCCAGAGAACUGGUAGCACCCAGACGGAGGCGGACGUAGUAGCACCACCGCCGCCGAAGCGGAAGAAGGGGCUGCCUGCAGUGGACAUGCGCGCGUUGACGGACGAGGAGGCGGAGGCCCUUACCCCCGCUGUGCGCGACGAGCGGGCGAAGCUGCUGCGCUCGGAGAUGCGUAUCCACGAGCUGCUGCAGGGGUUGGAGAGUACACGAUAUCGGUACCUGGCGCCCUCGCACAACUUCAAGUGUGAGGCGGAGGUGAUGGCUGUGAUACGGUGCUACGCAGAGCGCAACCAAGCUAGGGCUGCCUCUCUUGCCGCGGAGGGUGGCGGGGCUCCGCCGGGAACAGCUGCCGCGUCGCACAACGGCGUAAGCGGUGGAGGGGAGAAGGCAGUGGUACGUGCGGACUUGUUGGCCUGUGGGCCGCACGUUAAGCACCUUAAGGUUUGUGCGGAGUCGAUGGUGAUGAAGUACAGCCAAGAAGGCGAGGUAGCUUAG